GUGGAAAACAUGGAGGAAAGGAGUAUGUAGAGUUAACUUAACAGCCUCAAAUUUCACACAAUUUCAAGUAUUUGCCUUGGUGAGUUACGCUCAAUAAACAAACUGGACAAAGCUGCUAAUUGAUGUAAAAAAAACAGUCGCCUCUUAACAGUCCUGAGAGCCGAGAGAGCAACGGAAACUGCGAGAAGCAUUUAUGACAGGAUUUGGCAUAUGCCUGGUGAAAAAGCAGUGAAGAGUGGUGAGUCUGGCUGAGUGGAGCCAGUCGAGAUGGGAGCCAACACCAGCCAGGUCAGUGACCUGUCUGAUAAUCCAAGCCUCAAGGCCCUGGUGGGCACAGAGUCCAUAUCGGAGAAUGACCCUUUCUGGAACCAGCUCAUCUCCUUCACCUUCAUCAGUCCCACCUGCAGUGGAGACUCAAAGUUGCUGGAAGAGGCCGUCAUCCCCUUGGCCAAGAUCCUUAUUGAAAACAAUCCCAGAUCGGGGAACUUUGGCGCUCUUGUGAGAAUUUUCCUGGGAAGAACCAAAGAACUGAAAAUCUCCACAGAAUGCCAAGAUCAGCUGUUUAUCUGGCAGGCCCACAACGCACUGUUCAUGAUUCGCUGCCUGCUCAAGGUGUUCAUCAGGGAGAUGAGCGAAGAAGAGCUGCACCUGCAGUUCUCCUACCAGGAGAGGGCACCAGGCUCCUGUGGAGAAACAGGUAGCGAGGACCUCCUUGAGGAGCUGUUGUCCAACCUUGUUCACCUGAUCGUUGAAGUGCCCCUGCUUGACAUCACCUACAGCAUCCUGUUUGAAGCAGUGACCACGCUGCUGGUAUUCUUCUCCUAUCAGCUCUUCCACAAAGACAUCCUUCGAGAUGGAAUAAUCUACCAGCACAUCAUGAAGGGGAGAUGUUUGUGUUUAACCAGUCGACUGGUGAAGACCCUGCUCUAUAACUUCAUCAGGCAGGAGAAGUGUCCACCUCCAGCAACCCACAUCUUUGAGCCGAAAGCAGAGGGGGGCCUGCUUUAUGGCCUGGCAUCAGGGGUGGCAAGUGGGCUGUGGAGUGUCUUCACAUUGGGUGGAGCUGGCAGCAAAGCAGGGAUAGACCAAGAACACAACCCUUUACCUUUGUCUAAUCAGAGCCUUCUGUUACUGCUGGUCCUUGCCAAUCUGACAGAUGGACCCGGCUGGCCCAACCCCUACCGCCAAGCUAUUACUUGUUUCAGAAACACACAAGACACUUCGUCGCUGCCCGUUGAGCAACCUCACACUUUCCAGAUCAAUUUCAACAGUCUAUACACAGCGUUGUGCGAGCAGCAGCGCUCUGACCAGGCCACACUACUACUGUACACAUUGCUUCACCAGAAUGCCAACAUGAGGACAUACAUGCUCUCCAGAACUGACAUGGACAAUCUGGUGUUGCCCAUCCUUGAGAUCCUUUACCAUGUAGAGGAUAGAAAUUCUCAUCACGUCUACAUGGCCCUCAUUAUUCUCCUCAUUCUCACAGAGGAUGAUGCCUUCAAUCGCUCCAUCCAUGAGGUGGUAUUGAAGAACAUCUCAUGGUACACAGAGAGGUCAUUGACAGAGAUCUCACUUGGCAGUCUGCUCAUCCUGGUGGUCAUCCGCACCAUCCAGUUUAACAUGACCCGUACAAGGGAUAAAUACCUCCAUACCAACUGUCUGGCUGCACUUGCCAACAUGUCAGCCCAAUUUCGAUGUCUGCACCAGUACGCUGCCCAGCGCAUUAUCAGUUUAUUUGCUUUGCUUUCCAAAAAGCACAACAAGGUUUUGGAGCAGGCAACACAGAGUCUGCGAGGCAGACAGGGAGACAACACAGCCUUGCCCGACUACGCCCAGGACCUGAAUGUGAUUGAAGAGGUCAUCCGCAUGAUGCUGGAAAUCAUCAACUCUUGCCUGUGCAACUCUCUACACCACAACCCCAACUUGGUGUAUGCGCUGCUCUACAAGAGGGAGCUCUUUGAGCAGUUCAGGAUGCACCCAUCCUUCCAGGACAUCAUGCAGAACCUGGACACGGUGAUUGGCUUCUUCAGUCAGCGGCUGGAGCAGGCUGGAAGUGACCUUUCAGUUGAGAGGGUUCAGGAGGUCAUCAUGAAAGGAGCCCAGGCCCUGCCCAAAGACAGACUGAAGAAGUUUCCGGAGCUCAAAUUUAAGUACGUGGAGGAAGACCAGCCGGAGGAUUUCUUCAUCCCCUACGUCUGGUCCCUGGUCUUUAACUCUGGAGUCGGCCUCAACUGGAGCCCGCAUGGCAUCGAGCUGUUCAGCAUGGACUCUGGCUGAAACACCUUCUGCAGCUGACUGUGUGUGUCUCCAUCUCCGUUCAGUAAAGGAAAAAAAAAAAAAGAAAAAAGACUGACAGCAUGUGUGUGUGUGUGUGUGUAUGAGUGUGUGUUUGGGUGGGUGUGUGUGCAUUACCCUUUAUAAGUAUGUGCACGCUGCUUUGAAAGUGCCUCGACCUUGUACAGAAAGGUGUUUCUUUCUUUCUUUUUCUGCAGCACCACCUCUUUUUUCCCCUCAUAUCCUAAUAAUUCCUCUGCUUCUACACUGUGAAGCUUCAUCUGCACUGGUUAACAGUUCACACGGUAGCACCCACUCAUGUACAGUCAGUCCUGUAGUGAAUACCUAUUUAACAUUUGAGCAGCUUCACCCGGUUCCAUAGCACAUGCCGAGUCACAUCUCUUCUGUAAAACCUUCUGUUGUUGUGAGGAGCUCAGGACACUGGCGGUGGGUAAUCCCACAUUUUUUUCUUACUUACAAAGAAAAGGUCAAUUAAAACAUAUGCACCUAAGUUACACUGCUCUAGUGAACAUUCAUCUACUGCUGCACUGAAUGCUAAGAAGUAGUACAGACUUAAUAUUCAAGACAGGCAAUGUGUCUUCGAAGACACAGCACACAUUUUAUUAAAUAUCCUCUAAAAUACAGAAUUUUAAGUAUGAUUAUUGCAUAAAUUAGUGUUUUAUUUUAACCAUGCACAGUUCUCCAAAUACAGUGGGUUUGUAUAAAAGAUUUGUGUUUGUGAAAUUAAGUUCAAAACUGGUCGGAGAAAGAGAACUGAUGUCCAGCAGAAGGUCUUAUGCAGUGUUGCAACAUGCAGGAUUUUCAGAUUUGAGCCCACCACUGUGGCCACCUCCAAUACCCUCACACUGAGUUACAGUUUAAUUAAUGCCUAAUUUCAGUCCCUGGAUAAUAUUAGCAAUCCACGUCACUCUGAUUCAUGUGAUUUCAUUGUUGCUCCAAGCCCAUUUAUCUGACUUUACCCUGUCUUUGUCGUUUUCAUUUUUUUUCCUGACGGUAACCUAAGGCAAGUGCUCAAACUGGGGCAAGUCAUUAAACCCCUCUGUCCUAUUGUGCAUAAUUACAGUUGUCACUUUAUUUGCAUGUUUAACUAGAGACUUUGUAUGAAAUUAUUUAUUUUCAUGUAUAUUGUUUUUUUUAUAUAUUCAGCCCCUCAAAAUAUAAACUGUAGUAGUACUGAAAUGACUACUACUCUGAAAGCGAAACGGUGGUACUAUACUUUGAUUCUUCCCAGGUGGGAAACUGGCUUUAUAUUAUUACAUAUUAUAUGACAACAGCUGUCAUUUUGUGGCAAAUAUUACUUUGAACAUAGGAGUUUAAAUAAAAAUAAUAAUUCAAAGCAACCAAAGUGUCACAUGGUUAUUAAGCAAAGUGAAACACCAACAUUCAGGCAGAAUGUAGACUUAAAAGUGGAGUAUAUUGGAUUUGUCAUCUUUUUAGGUUUAUACGAAUUGUUGCAUUAACUCGUGGAUUAUGUCAGGCAGGCAACACAGGAGCUGUCAGUGAAUGGAAAUAUUACAGCACUGACAGCUCAGGUUAGUGCAAAAACAAAAAAAACAGCCAUGAAAAACAGCUAGCCUAGCUUGUUCCAAUGAUAAGAAAUCUGCCCACCAACAACUCUAAAGCUCUGAUUUACACUUUACAUCUCACUUGAUUAAUCCGCACAAAAACUCAAGUUUAAAAACAACAAUUUGUGGUUCACAGUGUUCACAGAACACGGCCAAGAAAUAGCCCAAAUACAUAACGCACUAUAAAAUGACACAGUUUUUGCACUUGCUUCUUUCUUUUUUUUUGUACAGAUUAAAUGUGUUCUGUGGAGUUUUCUCGUAAACAAACAAAAGUGAUGUUUACAUAAUUACUCACCAAAACGCAUCAUGUGCAUUCUUCAGGUCUAACAAAUUUGUCAAGUGCAUUUCCUGCCUCAUAAAACAUUUGCAAAGCUUAUGUUUUCUAACAUUUAAAUUCCUGUAUUGUUUACAUCCAUGUCUUCUAGCUUUAAGACUUUUUCUUCACAGCCUUUGUUGAUGCAUGAUAUAAUGUGUAUUCAUUACUGGGCUUUAGAGGUGCUGGUAAGUGUAUUUUGCCUUUUGGAUAGACCCGGGCUACCUGUUUCCCUGUGUUACCGGUGUUUAUGCUAAGCUAAGCUACGCGGCUACUAGCUUUAGCUCAAUAUCGAGUGGUAUGAAUCUUCUCGUGUCACUCUCUUCAAGAAAUCAAGAAGUCGAAGAAGCAUAUUUCCCAAAGUGUCAAACUAUUCCUUUAAAGCAAAGCAAUAUCUUUUAUGGGCUCUUGUCACACUGCAUAAGUUUGAUUUGAAAAGUUUUUAGAGGUCUGAAGAAGUGGAACUCCUCACUGUUUGUCCGAAAAAUUAUAAUAUAUGUUUUUUCUUCUAUCGUACCUCAUUAAUCAUCUCAAGACCAGUCAGAUUUAUCUUGUAAACUCAAGACUUUAUUUUACUUUUUUAGGUUAAGUUAAGAAAUUUAAAUGGGUUUCUAUUGGCAGAGACAGAUCUGUCAACUUUAUUGAGACACCAUAACUACAACAGUUUGUACAUACAAUAGCUGAGAAUUUUUUCUUUUUAGACAUCAUCAGUGCUUUCAACAAUGUGUGUGUACCUCUGUACAGCAAACACCACAAAAGAAAAAUCAGCCCAACUGUCCAAACUGUUGAUAUCUGCAUCACAGAAUAUUAAUAAACUUUAGCACUGAAAGUAUCUCAUGUCUUAUUGUUGCCUGUUGUGGUCAUAGCUGCAGAGGCAGCAGUAACAGAGGCAUGAAACCACUUAGGAGGGAGGGGGGGGUUUGCAGCACAAUGGCACCCACUGUGUCGCUGGAGCUCCCACUUCCCGGGAGAAUUUCAUGCCUUUCGUCUCUAUUGUAUUGAUUUUCAUGCCUGAAAUUCUCUUAUUCUCAAGGACAAUAUAAUAGAUGCAAUUUGAUGUAAAGAAUGGCCCAUUUUCAACAUGAGGUCGUUGGUAGGUUACAGUGAGUCUUCACGCUCGAGGAGACUGAGGCGCUCUGUCUCUCUGCACCGACUCUCACCUGCUUGCAGCUCUAUUAUAGCAGUGCCAGAUGGUUGAGCGGAGGUUUUCACAAAGUGACAUGGCCCUCCUUGUUCCUUCAUGGUGCGGGAUCACCUUACCAUGGGCUCCCGUUUCAGGUGACAGCAGGAAGAUGGAUGGAGCAGGGGAUUCUGGGAUGGGUAGUUUAUUUAUUUUAUUUAGAGGCUGGUACGUUUUCCUCAAGGUCUAGGUGAGAUUGCAUUGCAGCGUGACUCCAGACGCAGAGGUCACACCCAGAUCAGUGUCUAUUGAGUGUUGUAGAAAGUAGGGCGCUGGAGACCAGUUUGCUGAAGUGGCUCUGUACUAAGUACUGGUUGCCCCUAGUGACACCAAACUCAUUAAUAUGACAGAUCACUACAGUAACGAUGGAAGGUCAUUAGGCUCAGUGGUUUUAGGAUGAGGUCACAGCAAGGGGGAAGCUAGCUCACAGCAUGAAAACAGAACAGAGUAAGAUAUAAAUAUAAAAAUAAACUGUCAGACAAAACAGAUAACGCUCAGUCUCACUGUCAUUCCUUCCUACAAAUCUCCAGUGGAAUGAAAACAGUCUUUCAAUAAGCUGAUCCAUCAAUGGAAAAACAGAACCAAAUUUUCACACUGACGGAUAUAAAAGAAGAGACAGACAGACUUAUCAUGAUCUUGAUGUCUGCAAGAAAGCCUGUGUUCACCAGUCACAGGUCACUGGAAGUGAACAAUCUCUGGCCAAAUCACCUUAGGAAAUAUUUUUUACCUUGCUCAAAUUUUUUCUAGGUCAGAUCAGUUGUUGACCUUUUUACAUUGACGCAUCACAAGAUCGAAGCUGUGCAAGACAAGAAAUAAAGAAACAGAGACAAUGUAAGCUCUAGGGAUGGCAAGGUCUGUCUGUUGGUCCAUCACUUUGGUCCAGACUGAAAUGUCUCAACAACUGUUGGAUAGAUGGAAUUUUGCUGUUUAUGGUCCCCAUAAGAUGAAUCCUGAUCAUUUUGGUGAUCCCCCUUUUCCACUUAUGCGAUCAGCAGGAUACAGUUCUUGGCUUUAAGUGAAAAUUGGAUGGAUUGCCAUGAAAUUUUGGUCCCCCGUUGGAGACAGUUCUUGGAGAAUAAAAGAAUAAAGUUUGAUGCUGAACUCGCAACGUUUCUUCUAGACUGGUAAGUAAACAGCUGUUAAUGCUAA